AAAAAAAAAGGGCCAUUUGUAAGACGGACCCCUGCACGGAGUCACGGACCAUGGUCAAGUGCGAUGAUAUAAGAGUUGUUAUACCAUUUCAUGUACGAUAGAAAAUACGAUAUGUAUGUAAUAUGAUCACUUGAGUUGAGUAAUUACAAGUGGUCUAAUAACUUGUCAAUGAAUUCAUGCUGGGGCCGUGAAGACUCAAGAGAGAGAACUCGAUAUGUAAUAUGACUUGAGUUGAGUAGAAGUAGCCGUGGAAGCAAUAAAGAAUCCAUCCAAACAUUUGCAAUGUACCAAAACAUAUCCGACAUAUUGCAUUUGGCGAUAAGAUUUUUAUUAUGAAGCAAAUGUAUUUUAUUUAACGAUUGAUUUAUAUUGAUGCCUAAUGUUAAUUGGAUAACACUUAUCGGCUACGCAAACAUUUUGGGCUUUGUUAAACAUGGGCCGAUUUAUUAUUCGGCAUAUAGAAAAGAUGUUCAUCCACGGUCCUAACCUCUAAGAAACAUUAACCCCACAAGGAUUAAGUGAAGCUAAUCGUGAUCUAACUAACCUGAAUUUGAAAAACCGAAAUGUAACAAAAAAUCUAUAACAAUUUUUUGUUUGUUAAAAUAUAUGAUCUUUAAUCAAAUGAAUGAUGAAUUAUAUUUAGUACUCAAAAGAGGGCAUGAGUAACUUGUGUUCAUGGUUUCGUGUUGUAUCUGAAAGUUUGAAUUGGUUUCAUUUAUAUAUUUUUGGCGGUAAGAAAAGUAGAGAUAAACGGGAAUUGCAUCGGUACCGUCUCAGUAUCAGUUCAUGGGGUAAGUAAGUAAUAAACGAAUUUUAAGAAAAGAUAAGCAGACAUGUGUUUUGGCCCAGCCGCCCGUCAUUAACCAGGAAAAGUCAUGCAUACCCUUGAAGUUUCAUACGGUUAAGGAAGAUGCCACAGGCAAGUGAGGGGUAUAUCUGUCUUCAAACGCAUACGUAGCCGAGUUUCUUUUCCUUUUCCUCCUCAUUAAAAAAAGUCUUGUAAAAUAUUUUCCCAAAUUCGCAUCACCCAGAAAAAAAAACUCGCAGCGGUAAAAAAAAAAAAGAAAAAAAAAGGGGUCACUGCCUUUCUUCCUUGGUUCGCUUAGACCUGGGCGAUGUGGUAGCAGGAGGAGACGCAGACGAUUCGUAGAAUGUAACGCUGUUGCUUCUCGUUUUCGGCACAAUCGGAAUCAUCCGCUAUUUCAUCUCUCUCUGGUUUUUCGUCCUUGAAAUUUAUCGAGAUUCAUAUCUCUAGCAACUCGUGGGAGGGUAGCUCGACAUAACUAAACCCUAGCUUGUAGGAGGACCACGAGUUAAUAACAUGGAUUGGAUUCACAAAUCAUCUACUCCUUGUUUGGAUUCUGUUCCAGCAAAUGCUCCUCCUCUUCAGCGACAGGAUAGGCUUCUUGUCUGCCAUUCUUCGCCAGCCGAUGUAGAUAUGGACCUUAGGGAAGUCUAUUUCCUUAUACUGCAUUUUCUUUCUAACGGCCCCUGUGAUCGAACCUUUGGGCCUCUGAGAGAUGAGAUUUUGGAGAAGGGGCUUUUGCCCCGUAGAUAUCACUCCUCCUGGUCAAGAAGUGGCACUUUCACUGCCCCUGCUGACGUUCAUGAUGAUGCCAUCUCGCUCCCUUUGACUUAUGAUAACUUAGUUGAGAGGUAUCCUCAUAUUGAAAAGGAUCACUUGGUGAAGCUUCUCAAACAACUCAUUUUAAACCCACCUUUUCCUUCACACCUGAGACUUGAAGGACAUACUCUUACUGCUGCUGAUGUUCCUACGCUAUUGGGAUCUGGCUCCUUUUCUCUUGUCCAUCAUAAAAUUACAGAGUCUCAGAAAGCUAGCCAUGUUGCAUCAUAUUUACGUUGGCCGCAUAUGCAUGCCGAUCAAGUGCGUGGCCUAAGUCUUAGAGAAAUUGGAGGAGGUUUCAGAAAACACCACCGUGCUCCGUCUAUUAUUUCAGCAUGUCAUGCAAUUGCAAAACCAUCAACAAUGGUUCAAAAGAUGCAAAAUAUAAAGAAGCUCAGAGGACAUCGUAAUGCCGUUUACUGCGCUAUAUUUGAUCGUUCUGGAAGAUAUGUUAUCACUGGUUCCGAUGACCGGCUUGUCAAAAUUUGGUCAAUGGAAACUGCGCUUUGCUUGGCUAGCUGCCGCGGGCAUGAAGGUGACAUUACAGACUUGGCCGUUAGUUCAAACAAUGCUUUGGUAGCAUCAGCGUCAAACGAUUUUGUGAUUCGAGUUUGGAGGUUGCCUGAUGGAAUGCCAAUUUCUGUAUUGCGGGGACAUACUGGAGCUGUUACUGCGAUUGCAUUCAGUCCCAGACAGGCGUCGGUUUACCAACUUUUAUCGUCAUCAGAUGAUGGAACCUGUCGGAUCUGGGAUGCUAGGUACUCUCAGUGGCUUCCUCGAAUCUAUGUUCCAAAUCCGUUGGAUGCUGGCACUGGAAAAAGCAAUUUUCCAUCUUCUAACGCGGCAUCUACAAGCAAUGCAUCAAAGAGUCAUCAAAUACUAUGUUGUGCGUACAAUGCUAAUGGAACCAUUUUCGUCACGGGUAGCUCUGACAGCAAUGCGAGGGUCUGUGUUAAAUUUCUAACUUCAGUUAUCCUCCUUCGUGAUGUGGAAACUGUGGAGGUUUGGAGUGCCUCAAAAUCUAACUUGGAUGAUGCUGAACAGCCGACUCAUGAACUGGAUGUUCUACGUGGCCAUGAGAAUGAUGUAAACUAUGUGCAGUUUAGUGGCUGUGCUGUGGCUCCAAGAUCAUCUACAACUGAGACUCUGAGGGAAGAUAGUUACCCAAAGUUUAAGAAUUCCUGGUUUUGUCAUGACAACAUAGUAACCUGCUCUCGUGAUGGUAGUGCAAUUAUUUGGACACCAAGAUCACGUAAAUUCCACGGGAAAUCUGGACGCUGGACGAAAGGAUAUCAUUUGAAGGUUCCACCUCCUCCACUUCCUCCACAACCUCCUCGAGGAGGGCCACGCCAGAGGCUUCUUCCAACACCACGGGGUGUCAAUAUGAUUAUAUGGAGCCUGGAUAAUCGUUUCGUACUUGCCGCUAUCAUGGAUUGCAGGAUUUGUGUUUGGAAUGCUGCUGAUGGUAGCUUAGUGCAUUGUUUAACAGGUCACAGUGAAUCGUCCUAUGUCUUGGAUGUUCACCCUUUCAAUCCACGGAUUGCUAUGAGCGCCGGCUAUGAUGGGAAAACAAUCAUCUGGGAUAUAUGGGAGGGUAUACCAAUCAAAGUAUACGAUAUCGGGCGAUUUAAGUUGGUUGAUGGAAAGUUUUCACAAGAUGGGACAUCUAUUGUGCUUUCAGAUGAAGUUGGCCAGAUAUAUUUUCUAAACACGGGACAAGGAGAGUCUCAAAAAGCUGCAAAAUACGACCAGUUCUUCCUUGGUGAUUACCGUCCUCUUAUUCGAGAUACCAAUGGACAUGUUCUUGAUCAGGAGACUCAGCUUCUUCCCCAUCGGAGGAACCUUCAAGAUCUUCUUUGUGAUUCAAGUAUGAUUCCGUAUCCAGAACCUGACCAGACAAUGUUUCAGCAACGCAGACUGGGUGCAUUAGGAGUCGAAUGGCGUCCUUCCUCGAUAAAGUUUUCUGUUGGCCCUGAUUUUAGUCUAGGUCAAGAUUAUAUUAUGCCUCCUUUGGCAGAUCUGGAUAGAUUGAUCGAGCCACUGCCUGAGUUUAUAGAUGCUAUGUACUGGGAACCAGAACAUGAAGUUCUGAGUGAUGACAAUGAUUCGGAGUACAAUGCUGAAGUUUCCUCUGAUGGAGCUAAGGCAAGCCCAUGUUCCAACUCUUCAAAUGAACUUGAGUGCAGUUCCGAGGACAGUGACAUGGAAAAUAUUUACGAAAAUAGUUAUAAUCGGAAAAGACGAAGACAACAUCCUAGAGCUGAUGUGGCUACUUCAUCUGGAAGGCGUGAUAAGAGGAUUUUGGAUGAGAUUGAUAGCUCCGAAUUUGGAAAUAAGAGAAUCAAAAACAGAAGAAUUGGCGUGACGGCUUCAAAAAGAAGAUAUUCUGAUGUCAAGGAAUCACGACCGCAAAGAGCAGCCGCGCAAAAUGCUCGGUCCUUGCUUUCAAAGAUUUCUGGAAGCUCUUCGGAUGAAGCUGAUGAUUCAUCCAAUAGUGACUCUGAUAGAAGCGCAUCACCUUUGCAACAGUUGGAAAAGCCAUCUCAGAAGCUGGAAUCUCUUUCAAAUGACAAACAAAAGAAAAGAUUGAUUGUAAAGAUCUCGGUUAAGAAGCCAACAGAGUCUGUGGAAAGCAAGAGAAGUGUAAUGAGUCAAGCUGAUUUGGAGCAUGUUUCUUCGAAAUCUUUGGAGGAUAAUCACAAAGUAAUUGGUAUAUACUCUAGAGAAGCUGGGUCAAGUUCUGUAGAUGCAAAAGGUGCGUCAUGGUGUCAGGAUGUGCCCCAUUCUAUGAAUACGCCACAGAGAGAAAAGGCAAAUAAUCAAUUGAUAAAAUCUUCAGAUCAGGACCAGACUAUGUGCAAGUGGAGGGAAGAGACUCCUCUUUGUGAAUCCACCAAAUUAGCCGAGUCUGAGAACAUUGUAGAAGCCCAAACAUCUAAUGGGGAUGAAGAUUUGUCAAUUGUUGAACCAUUCUGUGUUCAGCGAAGACAUUGUGAUGUAGAUACUUCCAUGGAAGCCGAGGAGAUUAUUCCAAAGAAAGUUCGACGACUGAGAUUAAAGCUUCGGCACCCCAGCAGUCCUCUAAAAAUAGAGCCUGAUGAGGUAGCAGAUGAUUUUGGAGAUGGUGGAGAAGGUCUUGCAUCCACAGCUCCCUCUUCCAUGAAUCCUGUUAUGGACUCUGGACCUGUGAGAGAUAAUGUUAGAAACUCUCCUGCUCACAACGCUGAGUUUGGAGAAGCUACAGCCGAUGUGAUACGUAGGAAGAGAUCUAUGAGACUGAAGGCCACUUCAAGUCAGUCUAGUGCAAGAAACAGUGUAUUACGUUUGAGGUCUAUAGAUAAAGUAAAGAAACAAGAAAUUCCUUCCACAAGCGCGUAUGAUGGUGCAUCACUUGAAGAAUGGCCUUCUACUUCAAGGUCCCGGUCUGCAAGUACCAGCAAACAAAGUCUUAAUACCGGGAUAAGGUUGAAUAAUGUGGCAAGGAAAGUCUCAUGGUUGAUGUUGUCAGAACACGAGCAAGGCUGCCGUUAUAUACCCCAGCUUGGGGAUGAAGUUGUUUACUUCAAGCAGGGUCAUAAAGAGUUCCUAGACAGUAGAGAAUUAAAUGACAGCGACCGAUCAAGGUACCUUCCUCGAAACCUAGGAGCGGUAGAGUUUUGUAAAGUCGAGAAACUCAACUACGAUACAUAUCCUGGUUCUGGCGAGAGCUGCUGCAAAAUGACUCUCAGGGUUCUGGAUUCUUCUUCGUCGCAUGCCUCCCGCAAAGAGUUCCAACUAACACUGCCUGACCUCAUUAAUUUUCCGGAUUUUAUUGUGGAGAAGACUCGAUACGAUGCUGCAAUGAAGACAAACUGGGAAGUCGGAGAUGAAUGCCGUGUGUGGUGGAGAAACGAAUCCAGUGAAGGCGGUUCUUGGUGGGAAGGAAGGAUCGAGGCUUCACAGGUUAAGUGCCCUAACUUCCCAGACAGUCCAUGGGAGAGAUACAAAGUUGUCUAUGAAACUGGGGACACGAAUCUCCACAGCCCCUGGGAGUUUGACAAUCCCCAGUUUCCUUGGGAAAUCUCUACCAUGGACGAAGAGCCAAGAGAGAAACUACUUUCUUUAUUUGCUGGACUAGUGAAGUCAAUCAGCAAGUAUCAGGAUAGUUAUGGAAUCCAAAAGCUAAACGAAGCUGCUCAAAAGAUGGAUUUCUGCAAUAGGUUCCCAGUUCCUUUAUACCCAGAGCUGAUUCACCAGAGAGUAGAGAAUCGGUACUACAGAAGUAUGGGGUCGUUUAAGCACGACGUGGAUGCAAUGCUGUCAAACGCUGAAUCUUAUUUUGGUACAAACGCACAUAUGCGUUCUAAGAUAAAGCGACUCCGAGAUAAAAUCACAAAAACGUUGAGAAAGAUGAUGAUAUAGUAUGUUUGUUUUCUCAACUCUUUAUAGGCUGUGGCCAUUUUCUUUUCUAUAAAGAUAUUAUAUACACCCAAGAAAGUGUAAGAGUUGUCACUUUAGGGAACAAAAGAAACGUUUGGGUGAGUGAGUCACACACCCGGCACAAGGUUCAUGCUAUAGAUCGGGCCGCUUUUAGUUCCA